AGCGCCAGGCCUUGCGCCGCCCCCCCCUCCCCCCUCAAUUCGGCGCCCCCCCGAGGGGGGGGCCCGCCGUCGCGCAGCCCGCGAUGGCGGCUGCCGCGGUGGCGCCCGCCCGUGCGGGCAUCCAGAGCUACUACGACGCGAACAUAUUGGAGCUGGAGUCCACCAUCAAGGAGCGCAGGAUGAACAAGAGGCGAUUGGAGGCGCAGCGGAACGAGCUGAACGGGCGGGUGCGCUUGCUCCGCGAGGAGUUGCACAUGCUUCUGGAGCCUGCAUCCAACUGCGGUGAGGUUAUCAAGGCGAUGGGCAAACAGAAGGUUCUCGUUAAGGUGGGACAGGAGGGGAAGUACGUGGUAGACAUCGACAAGGAGAUUAACAUCGAUGACUGCAAGCCCAACGCUCGAAUCGCACUGCGCAGCGAUAGUUACGUGUUGCACAAGAUCUUACCGAGCAAGGCCCCACGAUUGCAAGCGCGCGCUGCGGGCCGAAUUGCACGCUUCUUCGAAUACCUGGAUGCCGGAUACGAAUGAUUUGUGGCACCAUCGGAUGUUUACCGUGGCCGAUACAAGCGUCAUCCGUCUUGUAAUUCGAAUUUCGUUCGCUUUCGGGCGCAAUUUGCUUUAUUAUACUUACACACGGGAAAUUGGCGCACGUAGGGACAAUGUCUCGGGCGACCCGGA